AUGCUAAUAGAGGAAGAGGUGGCCCUUUCAAUAGGGAAAGAGGUAGGUUUAGAGGUGGAAAUAGAGAAAGAGGUGGCCGUGCUCAAGGUGGAAUGCCAAUUUGUCAAGUAUGCUGGGUUGGAGGUCAUACAGCUGACAAAUGCUGAAACUCUAGAAACUACGAUUGAUUGGAUGGUGGAGAAGGAGAGGAACCAAACGGCGGAGCUGGCAGCGUCUAGCUGCAGUGGUCUGACUCUGGCCAUGCUGAUUAACAAUGGGCUUUUCCCGGUUAGGUUUCCGAUUAUGCUCGCGCUUAUGUCACCGGUGGUGACGUUUCUUGCUAGGCGCAAUCUUUUCAAGCUGGGUUUAUGA